AUGAAGCUUGUGAGAUUUUUGAUGGAAUUGAGUCAUGAAACUGUAACCACUGAAUGGAAGAAUGGACCGCAAGUGCUUGGAACAAUCACAGACAGCUUACCUUGGGAUACUUUAAUUGUGGAUGUUGAAACAAAGAUGAAAACUAAGAAAAGGGAAGCUGCUGCAGGAAGAGGCCGAGGUUGGGGUAGAGGAAGAGGAAGUGAUCAUGGAAGAGGAAAAGGGGGUCCCAGACGAUAA